UCGACUUUGUGAUUGCCUUGGUGUUUAUUUGCCUUGUGUCUAUGCAUGGGUGGUAUUUUUAUCCAUGUGAUCUGGAGAGUAAUGAAGAGAAGGAUAACAAUAGCUCUACGAUACAGGAAGACGACAUAGCCUUAAAGGUCAAUCUUUCAAGAAUAACUCCUUCAGUAUCACCCUCUCGAGAGCCUGCCUCAAAAGUCACUCUCUCUUUUAUGAAAUACUCUGAACAAGGGACAGCAAAUACAGGUAGAGAAAUCUCGAGAAAUGUAGUUGAGACCGCUGCAGGAGCCGAAGAUUUCGUGGAAUUGGAAAAUUCCGUUCCAAAUGGGAAUUCCUCUAUCAAUUUGACUGUACAAUGUGAACUUGCCCAAGAUGGUCAUUUUUCAAUUGUUGUAAAUGACAGUAGUAGUGAGAGAGAAUCUGAAGAUCAUAACGACACGAACGACACGAAAAAUCAAAACGAGAAAAUAUUAAAAAUAUCAUUUGUACAACGACAUGAAAACCAUGUCGUCGAUAUUGCUUUAUUUUCAGGAGCAUUUGUGUUGUUUAGUCUUGCAGCUGCACGACUUUCAAACUAAUUUAUUUUAUAUGAAAUGUAAAUCUUCACAAAAUUUAGAAAGCACCACAGCACCAAAUGAUCAGUACACAUGCAAAUGACCAACUAAUUCAUCAUCUUCAACAAUUGGAAACAGUGCAUCUAAUGGUGGAAAAGCGAGGUUUUAGGUUUCAUCUUGAAAUGAUGUAAAAUUGGGAAAAUAUAUUUUCAAAAAGUUAA